CCUUUCCCAGCAUGCCGCGCGGCGGCCGAGGCGUGGCCCGGAAGAGGCGGGGGCCCGGGAGAGAGCGAGGGAGAGAGGGGUUCCGUCGGUUCGGGCCGCGCUCGGUGCCGCCGCUGCCGCCGCCGCCAUUAGCCUAGUGGGAGCUGCGAGUUGCUGGCUCCAGCUGAGGAUUCAGAAUGGGAGACAAGCCCAUUUGGGAGCAGAUUGGUUCUAGCUUUGUACAGCAUUACUACCAGUUAUUCGAUACAGACAGGACUCAAUUAGGAGCAAUAUAUAUAGACGCCUCAUGCCUUACGUGGGAAGGACAACAAUUUCAGGGCAAAGCAGCUAUUGUUGAAAAACUCUCAAGCCUUCCUUUUCAGAAAAUACAGCACAGCAUCACAGCACAAGACCAUCAGCCCACACCCGACAGCUGUAUACUCAGUAUGGUAGUUGGACAGCUUAAGGCCGAUGAAGAUCCUAUUAUGGGAUUCCAUCAGAUAUUUUUAUUAAAGAACUUCAAUGAUGCUUGGGUUUGCACCAAUGACAUGUUCAGGCUAGCAUUGCACAACUUUGGUUGAGACGGCGUCCCCGAGGCACCUGUCGUUUUUCUUUUCUCCUCCUUACAGAUAUUAAUCACACUUACGGAACAUUCCAAAUAUCAUACAC